AUGUACUGGAAUCGUGUGAUCGUAUUGCUUGUUGCACUGCCAGCCAUCAGCGCAUUGCGGUGGCAUCCAGAUCAUGUUGGAUAUAAUUUGAACGAGAAUGAAACGGCUAACCACCCUAGAGAUUACUGGGGCGAGUGGGAUAAUCAUACCUACCAUCCGUCGCCGAAGAACUGGCGUAUACCUUUCUAUGCCGUCACGAUCGACAGAUAUCUGGAUGGAGACCCGACGAACAAUGAAGCAAAUGGAACAGUCUUCGAGCAUCAUUGGCUCACUAACCAGUUCAGAUUCGGAGGAGACACCAAAGGCUUGCAGAAUGAUUUGGAUUACAUCCAGGGCCUGGGGGUCAAGGCUUUCUAUAUGGUCGGAAGUCCGUUCCUCAAUAGACCAUGGUCAGGUGAUGGCUUUGGGCCAUUGGAUUUUACCCUCUUGGAUCGUCACCACGGUGCUAUAGAGGACUGGCGCAAUCUUAUCACAGAAAUACACCGCAGGGGUAUGUAUGUCGUCUUCGAUAAUACUAUGGCUACCAUGGGGGAUCUUAUCGCUUUCGAUGAAUACGUCAACGCUACCACACCCUUCAACUUCCGGGAGUACGACUACUUGUGGAAAACCGGAACGAGAUAUCACGAUUUCCAACCCGGCAACGACUGGAAUGCGUCGUGUCGAUGGCCAAGGAUCUGGGGACAAGACGGCUUCCCUCUUACGCAGGAUAUCUUGGACCAGAUGUACGGCGAUAUCAAAGGUACGGGGGCUUACCCAAGUUACAUCAAUUCCAUGUCGAAAUUCGCUUCUGUACAGGAUCGAUUACGAGAAUGGCGUCCUGAUGUUCUGGAAAAGAUCAAGAUUAUGUCAUGCAUGCAAAUCGCCAUGUUCGACAUAGAUGGCUUCCGCAUGGACAAGGCACUGCAGACCACCGUCGACGCAAUGGCGGAAUUUGCCGAUUUUCAACGCCAAUGUGCUCGCAGACAUGGAAAGGAAAAUUUUCUCGUGGUUGGUGAGGUGGUCGGAGACCCAAACUUGGCUUCGGUCUACAACGGUCGUGGAAAGCAACCUGACCAAGCACUCGCAAACAUUGAAGACUCAGUUUUCUCCAGUAAUGAGACCGACCCCGCAAGUUUUAUCCGACCCUUCGGAAUGAGCGCCUUGGACGGAGCAGCGUUUCAUUAUGAUAUCUAUGGAGCAAUGACCAGGUUCCUCGGUCUGGAUAGUCCUUGGGGCGCCAGAGGAGUGGACUGGGUGGAUCAAUGGAAUUUCAUGCUCACGCACAAUGAUAUGGUCAACGCCAAUACCGGAGAGUUCGAUCCCAGACAUAUGUUCGGAAUGACCAACCACGACGUCUUUCGAUGGCCCGCUCUGGCAAAUGGCACACAACGGCAACUACUUGGUCUCUUUGUUACCAUGCUGGAAUUGCCAGGUGUACCCUUACUACUGUGGGGAGAGGAGCAGGAGUUUUACGUCCUGGAGAAUCUCGCAAAUGACUACGUCUUUGGCAGAGAACCGAUGGGCUCGUCUAGUGCGUGGCAGCUGCAUGGCUGUUAUGGUUUGGGUGAGACUGUCUACGUUGAUAUGCCUUUUAACAGCUCAGGAUACGGUUGCCAUGAUGACAGCGUGUCUUUGGACCACCGAGACCCAGCGAAACCUAUGCGGAACGUAUUGAAAAGAAUGUUUGAGCUACGCCAGCAAUAUCCAGUCUUGAAUGAUGGUUACAAUCUGACAACCCUUUCCAAGAAGAUAUACGAAAUCUAUCUUCCCGGUAGUGGAGGCAUUCCUUCUCCACAUGGUCUAUGGAGCGUCUAUCGAGGUCGCAGCGAAAGCGUUCAAGACUUCACUGGGAUCGGUCAGGAGAACCAGGGCAUCUGGAUGCUUUAUUCGAACGAAAAGAAGAGCAGGACUUACGAGUUUGACUGCUCAAGCCCAAACACGUCGCUUGCUCUGAUAUCAGCCUUUCCGGCGGAUACGACAAUCAAAAAUCUGUUUUACCCUUAUGAGGAAUAUACACUCGAAAGCUCGGUGAUCAAGUAUGGCAUUGAAGGUUCUACCGAGUUCAAUGGUUGCUUGCCUCGACUGGAAACUGUCGCAUGGGAUUACAAGGCAUUCGUUCCGAAGGAUAAGUGGGUCACGCCAGGCCCUACAAUCACGAAGACCGUUCCCAGCCACGAUGCGCGUCUCAAUUCCACAGUGGCGUAUGAAGAGCAGGAGUCCGUGCCUAUACAGAUCCGUUUCUCAAGCGAGAUGAAUUGUGAUUCUGUCACGGACAGCAUUGAAGUUGAUUCUACCACUCAAGGUGGCCAGCAAGCUCGCUUGGACAGAAGGAGCGUCAACUGUACCCUGGCCAAUGCUGAUCCGCCUCGUUACGUUGGCGAAAUACCUACUGCGUGGAUUUUCAGUGCCAAUGUAGAGAACGUCUACAAUGGAGUGCAUACCGUGACCGUGCGCAACGCAAGUACCGAAGAUGGAAAGCUCUCCACAAACACUGUCGACCGCUUCAUGUUCCGUAUUGGACAGUCCGACAAUCCAAUGGUUUUUACGAAGUUGGCAAAUUACACGACUACCCUCCUUCAUCGCGGUCCAAAGCCUGGCCAACUGUACAUAUCUCCACGGGCAGCCGGCGCAGACAAGAUACGCUACUCACGAAAUUGGGGUAGCAGUUUCAGCAAGUGGAUUGAUUAUACCGGAGAAAACAUUACACUAGAGUCGCACGCAUGGUCAGGCACCGAAGAGCAAGAAUGGGAGGGUGAACAUGUCAUUGUACACUACUGGAGCCAGAAGAGCGGAAGCAGCGAUCACGUCCAACAUGCUGACCUGGAGCGAGACGGCCUCCCUCCUCGCCGAUUUCCACAUGUCUUUGUCCAAGGCGAUUUCAACCAGUACGGCUACGACGGCGGGUUAGAAAGCGAAAUGCAGCUGCAUUCCGAUGGCUUGUGGAGUUUCGACCUGGUGACAGAUUUUCCGAGCUCCUUGGUCUUUAAUGUCUGGGGAAUGAAUCCUGACGGGAUACCGGACAAAAGCCAGUCUUUAGGAGAUGUCGAUGGUGACUAUGUCCUUGACUGGGUACCUCCUGACAGUCUCGCCAGAAACCUUGUCAACAUCACACGUCCUCCACCAGGAGGUUAUAUUGGCUAUCGACUCACUGUGAACGAUGGAACCUAUGGUUACCAUUUCUCCCCUGUGGGCUCAUACUCCAUUCAGAUCGCAGUAUCGGUCUUGCUCGCUCUAGUACCGAUCGUCACUGCUGUGCUAGGGAUUUGGAUCUUCAUGACGAUAUUCUACAAGGUCAAGUUCAACCGCGUCGGCAUUGAUGAGAAGAGCGGCAUGCUUGCGUUCCUGAAACCCACUCCGAAGCCCGAACCGAGAAAGCUCCGCAACAACAUCACGAGCAAUUUCAACGAGUCCCGAGAAGUUGUUGCGGCGUCGUCAAUUACCCCAUCCGCUGGUGCAGCAAUUGCUGACCCAAACAAAAGCCGACGUACAAUGCUGAUCGCUACUCUGGAGUAUGAGAUCGAAGAUUGGGAGAUCAAGAUCAAAAUCGGCGGGCUGGGAGUGAUUUCUUCGCUGAUGGCCAAACACUUAAGUCACCACGACAUAAUCUGGGUUGUACCCUGCGUGGGAGGCAUUGACUAUCCAUCGGAUGCCAUGGCUUACCCAAUGGAUGUCACUAUCCUGGGGCAGAAGUACGAAAUAUCUGUUCAGUACCACAUGCUCCGCAAUAUUACCUUCGUGCUCCUGGAUGCUCCGAUCUUUCGAAAGCAGACCAAAGCAAACCCUUAUCCCGCUCGAAUGGAUGAUCUCGAAAGUGCCAUUUUCUAUUCUGCCUGGAACCAAUGUAUUGCUCUGUCGAUAGAACGCUUUGAUCCGGACCUCUAUCAUAUCAACGACUACCACGGAGCUGCAGCACCGUUAUACCUGUUGCCUCGAGUUGUACCGUGCUGCUUGUCUCUACAUAAUGCAGAAUUCCAAGGUAUGUGGUCGCUUGGUACUCAAGGUGAUAUGGACGAAGUUUGCCGUGUCUUCAACCUUGACAAGGACACCAUUGAACGGUACAUUCAAUUUGGUGGCGUCUUUAAUCUUCUUCACGCAGCAGCAAGCUACCUUCGUAUUCACCAAAAAGGCUUUGGAGCUGUCGGAGUUUCUGGUAAAUAUGGGAAACGCUCAAAGCAGAGAUAUCCGAUCUUCUGGAGUUUGCCCAAGAUUGGGUCGUUAGCAAAUCCGGACCCUGCAGAUACAGCCGAGAUGGACUCAUCGAAACGCAGGAAAGAGGCCGCUGUGAUUGACAGUGCUAUGGAAGCCAGCAGACGGGAACUUCGAUGUCAUGCCCAAGAAUGGGCCGGCCUUACGAUAGACCCUGAGGCCGAAUUGUUCGUAUUCGUUGGUCGAUGGUCUAUGCAGAAAGGAAUCGACAUCAUCGCUGAUGUAUUCUUUUCUGUUCUCGAGGAGAAUGCCAAAGCUCAGCUGAUUUGUGUUGGACCUGUCAUCGACCUUUAUGGAAAAUUUGCCGCCCUCAAACUGGAGAAACUAGUGGCGAGAUUUCCCGGACGAGUAUUCUCGAAGCCGGAAUUUACAGCCUUGCCGCCAUGUAUCUUCAGCGGUGCCGAGUUCGCACUGAUACCAUCACGCGACGAACCUUUCGGUCUCGUUGCUGUCGAAUUCGGACGGAAGGGCGCACUCGGCGUGGGUUCGAGGGUCGGCGGCCUAGGAUCCAUGCCCGGAUGGUGGUAUACUGUGGAGAGUUUGACCUCGGCGCAUCUGAUCCACCAGUUCAAACAAGCCAUCAGGAGUGCUCUGGCUUCUAAUCAAGAAACGCGGGCCAAGAUGCGGGCUCGGGCAAUGGUGCAACGCUUUCCGGUCCAGCAAUGGGUCGAGGAUCUCGACAAGCUCCAAGCAAACUCGAUCCGCGUCAACCACUACCAACAAGAACAUGGCUCCCUAAGCCAGAGUCUUCUUCGAGCCUUUUCUCCUCCUGCAAGUGGCCACUCGACACCAACACUCCCCAGCAGAGUCCAGUCUCCCGUUCUGGGCAGAUCUGGCUCGCCAGUCCUGGGCCCUGUGCCGCCAGGCCGGGCGCUGACACCAGUGAAUCUUUCGUUGGAAGCGCUCCCACGCAUUGGAAGCGACCAAAGCCUUCACAGUCACGUCCUUGGAGCAGCUUCUCUAUCAGGGCAAGAGCAUCAAACGUCCAGAGCGGCAUCUCGCACUUGGUAUCGAGCUACAAGUUCGGGUGUUCCUCUCAGCGCUCUGGCCAUACCAGAUAACACUUUCCAUUUUGGUGAUGACAAUGAAGUAGAAGUUGGCCCCCUGUGGGGGUCUCGAAGAACCAGUCCACAAUCGUCACGGGCUCCAUCCCCACCACUCAGUCGACGAAACACUUCUUGGAAUCUGCUUCGCUUCGGUGCAUCUUCCAGCGCUCCGCCAUCUCCUCCUCUACCACAACCAGAGAUACCAACUGAAGGAAGUGUUGCCGAUCCGGCAAGGAAAUACCGCGACCGCUUCAGCUACAACGCAAUCGUUGACCAGAAGAAAGAUUUUGAGCUUCAGAAAGUGGAUGUCACCUUUACUGAUUCGCAGAAUGAGUUUUAUAACAAUUUUUCACGAAAGCUCGACAAGCUUGAUGCGAGUUCGUCGGAGGGUCGGUUGUGUAUCGAAGAAUUCCUCACGAAGAGUGAGAAAGCCUGGUUCGGGCGGUUUCACCGCGCCAAGUUGGGCAUGGACCCCGAAACUGCGCGACCGACAACACUUCCAGGUCUUGUCAAGUGGCUCAAGGUCAAAUGCAAGAGAGUGGGGAAAGGUGCUGAGCGUACGGAACCGGCUGAACACGCUUCGGAAGGACGUCAGUCAACACUCGAAGCUGCAGGCGACACAGAAUUCUUGCUCGGAGAAGAAUAUGAGGCACCGAGCGGAAUAAAGAGGCUCCUGCAGAAGAAGAUUGGUGAUUGGCAGUUGUAUUGCUUUCUGUUGGCAUUUGGCCAAAUCGUAGCUGCGAACUCCUAUCAGAUUACCAUUCUGACUGGCGAAUAUGGUAAGGCUGCGGAAAAGCUCUAUGUCGUUGCGGCCAUCUACAUCGUGGCCACUGUUAUCUGGUGGUAUCUCUUCCGGAGGGUCAAAGCUCUCUAUGUCGUCUCGCUUCCCUUUGCUUUCUACGGACUGGCGUUUUUCGUCCUUGGUAUGGGCCUAUAUGCGCCUAACAUGGCCGCCACGAACUGGGUCUUCAACGUGGCAACCGGACUAUAUGCCGUUGCCUCUGCCAGCGGCUCUCUUUACUUUGUUUUGAACUUUGGCACUGAAGGUGGGACUCCAGCACAGACCUGGGCCUUCAGAGCCUGUGUCAUCCAAGGCACCCAGCAGAUCUACGUCGCAUUUCUUUGGUAUUGGGGUGCCACGCUCAACACGGCAUCCGAUAAUAGUGGACCUCCAUUCUCGAGCAAAGCAGUGACGGCCAUUACUGUCCCCAUUGCGGUAUUGAUGUGGGCUGUUGGGAUAAUUCUCUACCUGGGACUACCUAAUUACUACCGACGCCAACCCGGAAAUGUCCCUUCGUUCUAUCGAUCCCUUUUCCGACGGAAAAGCGUUUUGUGGUUCUUCGUCAUGGUAAUCCUACAAAACUACUUCCUCUCCGCAACCUACAAUCGCAACUGGAAAUUCCUCUGGAGGCUGGACCAUCAUCCUGCUCCUCCUCCUAUUCUUCGUCCUCGUCUGGACCCUCCUCCUGUCCAUCCUGGGCAAACUCUCCAAAGCGCACGCGUGGCUGAUCCCCAUCUUCGCCAUCUCGCUGGGCGCGCCGCGCUGGUGCCAGAUGCUCUGGUCGACCUCCGGCAUCGCGCUGUACAUCCCCAUCCUCCCGCAGACGCCGCUGGUGGGGGCGCUGCUCUCGCGCAGCCCGCCCUCCAGGGCAUCGGCUUCGGCAUGAUCCUCCUGCAGACCCUGACCCGCUUCCACGUCGCCGCCGCCCUGUGUGCGUCGCAGGUGCUGGGGUCCGUCAUGACCAUCGCGGCGCGAGCGAGCGCGCCCAACCGCGUGGGGCCCGGGCCCGUGUUCCCGAAUUUCGGACUGGUGGGCACCGAGGGGUUAAGGAGUGCUUGGUUCUGGGCCGCGCUGGUCGCGCAGCUGCUCAUCUGUGCCGGCUUCGCCAAGGUGUUCAGGAAGGAACAGCUCUUCAAACCGUGA